AUCGCAAUCGAUUAAUGGAUUCAUCGUAAUUUUUUCAAUAUAAGUUCCUGUGACAAAUAAGCGUGUAAUAAUUUCGGUCCGUUUGCUCCCCGCCCGUCGUUCCGGCUUGGCUCUUGUGCUCGAGUCCUGAACCCCUCCGUUCAGCUGAAUUUAGCUACCUGCAAUGGUGUCCAAGAACCAAUUCCAUCAGAACCGGACCAUGCAGUCGCAGCAGCAUCCGCCGCAAAUGCAGCAACAGUUUCAGCAACAGCAGCAGCAGCAAAAUCCGUAUUCACAGCACCGCAACAGCCAGAGCAGCAAUAAUAUUAGUAGCAACCAUAAUCCCCGGGCAGCUGCGGCUCCCUACAGGAAACCCUGUAGGUCCUCCGGACCAGGAGGCAACGGGAACGGAAAUGGAAAUGGGCAUGGGAAUGGUAACACUGCCAACGGCAACAGUAACAACCAGAUGAUGUUCUCAUCCAGCCAAAUGCCCAGCGAUCCCCUGUAUAUUGACUUUAACAGCCCGGCACCGGGAAGCAAACCAAACCAGGUGGACAGUCUCAAGAAGAAGCCUAUGAAGGGCAUCAAACAGCAACAGCAUCCCAGUCCAAACCAACAGCAGCAGUGCAAGAUGAACAACCAGAACAGCAAGCAUAUGAACCAGCAGCAGCCCUUCAACCGCCAGAUGAACGGAGGCGAUUGGCAGCGCUUUCCGGGCAAUAAUCCCAACCAGAUUCGCGGUGGCUUUAAUGGUUUCCAGCGCGGUCCCCCUCCGAACCGUCCUCCCCCACGCCACAUGAUGGGUCCCCCAAUGGGUCCGAUGGGCCCCGGACCACGAGGUCCCGGACCGAUGGGCCCUGGAGGACCUUACCCGCAGAUGCCUUUCCAACCACCGAUGCCCGGUAUGCGCGGUCCCGGGCCCAUGGGCCCCAUGGGUGGACCACCGCCGCCGCCACCACCGCAUUUUAUGCGGCGCAACGGACCCGGUCCAGGUCCCAUGAUGGGUGGCCCACCGCCCAUGCAUAUGAUGGGUCCACGGAUGCCGCCGCGGGGUAUGCCACCGGGCGGACCUUUUGGACCAAUGAACAUGAAUGGCGGCCGGAUCAUGAAGCCCAAUCCCAAGCUUAUCAAGCAGGUGGUGAAGGGGAAGAGCAGCAUAAAGACACUGAAGAACCUGAUCAAUCAGUAUCCCAUCGACAAGCCCUGGGUGACGGAGGAGAUACGCAGCGAGCACGACAAGAAGGUGGAUAUCGAGAACAGAUUGAAGGGCCACAAAGACGACGAGCUCUUUGCCCAGUACAAAGGCCAGCGAGACAAGUUCGUUGGUCUCUACGAGGCGGCGCGGGAGGAGUAUCUCAAGCAGGAGGCAGCCAGUGUUAAGGCCAAGGAUGCCAAGUCAGACAAAGACAAAAACGCAAUUUCAAAUCAGAGCGCCGCCCCUAAGGCCGGAAGCGCUAAAGAUGCAACAAUUCCAAAUCCCUAGGCAGCCAAUGCAACCGAAAACCGAAUCAAUUGAAUCAAUCGAAUCGAACCGAACCGAAUCCAGAACAGGUCGGUCGACUCGCAGAACUAAAUGUAAACUUAAACGUAAACGUAAAACGAAAGAGCAAUUCAAAACUAAAACUAAAACUAUACCUAAAGCUAAAACUAAAACUAAAACUAAAAGUAGCAGCGAGCAACAGCAAGAGUCUGACAAUUGAAAGACGUAUAGAAACUGAAAAGCCCGACUCUAUAUGGGAUAUAUACAGCUUUUGUCACACGUUGCUUUUGCGACUGAGAACUGAGCUUAGAACGAUAAUAUUGCAACAAAAUACAAACCCAGCGAUAAUAAUGUGGGCGAAUCAACUCUAGUACUAGCGAUAAAGAUAUAGAUUACGAGAACGAAUAACGCAUAACGCAUAAUGCAUAACGUCACUUGUCUAACGUAACGUAGAGUAUUGAAAUGUAACCGUAACGUAGCGUAACAGUUUCCUUAUUCGAAAACAAUUUGUUGUUCAAUUCUAAGUUACUGCAGCAAAUUCAAUUCAAUUAUUUGUACACAUUAUCUGACACGCCCUUAGCUAUAUAGUUAUGCAUAUAUAUGUGUAUAUAUAUAUAUAUAUUGAGAUAUAUAUAAAUUAAUUUCCUAUUCGCUGCCCGAGUGCUUGGACGCGACAUUAUUGGAACAGAGACGCCGGAUCCUAAGCACUCUGGCAAUAAUCACUCUGCCAGCCUUGGAUAACGCCACUUGAUUGUAUUUUUAAAUUAAUUCUUAAAAACUACGAAUUAAGAUCACUCUGUGAACGUGUUCUCGAUGGUGUGCAUCUACGGAUUUGUUUUUGUGUUCUUUUACCCGACCUCAAACCCCAAAACCCCAAAACCCCCGUCCCUAACAACCUGUACCCUGAAGCCAAGUCCACUGUUCUCUUCACCCAUAGUAGAUUAAUCACGCUCCUGAUCUUGAUGACUUGAUCCACCUGACAAGUAACCUCAAAGCGGAGAAGUAGAGCCCAGGGGGCCCACCGUACAAACUCUAGUAUAUCCUCUAGUAAUAUCCAAACCAGUUAACAUGGUCAAGCCCAUGGUCGAGAGUAAACAUUUCUGCCUUGCAAGUUGGAACUAGGCAACUAAGCAUACCCUGAUUUAACCUGUUUAAACUAGACAUUCAAUUCAGACUUGUUAAUAGCGACAUAGACAUCAUAGACAUAGCACCAAUUUCAAACAAAUCAGUUAACAGCAAUCCCUCGAUUGGCAACAACUCUGCCGACCUCGAAAUGAGGAGAAUUGCAAGUAAUUUGUAAGGCACAAUUUAUAAUCCGCCUGGUUAGGAUUCGUCCUCUCACCUCACUUAUAGUGAACUUAUAGUGGAAUUAUUAUUAUCAAUGUAGAUAACAUUGAACCCUCAGGUAGCUAAAUAACUAAAUGGCAAAUAGGGAGACUAAAUAUUUUAGAAUCUGUCCCUUUGACCCAGCUUGUCAGGUGCUCUUGGGUUCAAUCGUUAGUUGCUGCUAUAUAAACACUUUCCCCAUCCCCACAAGAAUGAUGAAUGCCGCAGAAUAAAGAGAAUUUUCAACAAACACUAAA